AUGGAGGAAAAGCACUCUGUAAGUGUUCCGUUAGAAGAGAACCUAACCUGCUCUAUCUGUAACGACUUCUACCACGAGCCUGUUAGCUUGAGCUGCCAACACAAUUUCUGCUGCGCUUGUCUGACGAAGGCAUGGGAGACGAAAGAGGACCGCACGUGCCCCGUGUGUCGGAGAAAAAGUUCUCGAGGCCUCCAGCCAGAAAUGAAGAACAGUACCCUGAAGAACAUCGUUGAAGCUUACCUGUCGGAGAGAGCAGGUCAAGAUGGUGGAGAAGGACGAAGCGUUUGUGCCAGACACAGGAGAAAGUUCCGCUACUUCUGCAAGGAGAAGGGCGAGGUGGUUUGCAGCUUGUGUACAGAGGAGGAGCACGGUGCACACACACACGAUACUGUUGAGGAGGCAGCAGAUCUACUGAAGGCUGAUCUGACAUCAGUGAUGGUAAAUCUGCAGGACAAUCUCAACAGUCUGGAAGAGAUGAGAGCUGUGAGUGAGCACACAGUGGAGCACAUCAAGACCCAGACUCAGCAGACGGCAGGGAGGAUCAAGAGGGCCUUCAGCCAGCUGCAGCAGUUCCUGCGUGAGGAGGAGGAGGCCAGGCUCGCUGCCCUGCGGCGGGAGGAAGCCCAAAAGACCACAUCCCUGAAGGACAGGGUUGAACAGCUCACCAGCCAAAUCAACUCCCUUUCAGAGAAAAUGGCCGACAUCAAAAGUAAAAUGGCCACAGAGAACGUCUCUUUCCUUCAGACUUACAAAGACCUGAAGGAAAGUGCCCUGGAGAGACUGAAAGCCCCAGAACCUGAGCAGGUGCCUGGCACCUUGAUUGAUGUUGUCCAGCACUUGGCCAACCUCCAGUACAACACCUGGGAGAAGAUGCAGAGGAUGGUUCAAUAUGCCCCUGUGUGCCUAGAUGAGAACACGGCUCACCCAGACUUGAUCAUCUCGAUGACCUUACUGAAGGUGGAGGAUGCUCAGGCGUCCCAAGCUCUGCCUGAUAACCCCGAGCGCUUCGACAGCAUGCUGGGGGUCCUUGGUUCCCCAGGCUUCCGGUCGGGCACCCAUGCCUGGCAGGUGGAGGUGGGUAACCUCACUUCCUGGACCCUGGGGGUGGCACAAGAGCGCGUGGCCAGAAAAGGUGUCGUCAAAGUUAAUCCAGAGGCGGGACUUUGGGCGGUGGGCCUGUCCAAUGGGAGUGACUACAGCGCGGGCACGGCCGAAGUGGGCACCCCUCUCGCGCUGAAGCGCCAUCCGAAGAGGGUCCUCAUCACACUGGACUGUGGCGCUCAUUGGUUGUCCUUCCACAAUGCAGAGGACAUGACCCUCAUCCACACUUUUAAGGACGUGGCUGAAGGGAUGCUCUAUCCUUACUUCUCACCAUGUUUGAACACAGAUGGGGGGAAUGCAGGCGCCCUUAAGAUCUGCCCAGAAAAAGUGACUGUGUCCAAAAUCUCAGUCCAGGGAAAGCUUCAGUAACUGGACAUAUUUGCACAUUUGCAGGACCCCUUUUCCAAUGAAAUGUGUGAACAAAUGCACAAAUUCAAAUAAUGAAGAGAUAUUACUGUUUCUUCAACAUUACUUUAUUAUUGUGGUUUUCUCUUGAUUGAAUAGUCAUUAAUUGUCAUAACAGAAAGUGCAAUCUACAGCUUUGAGCAGCCUGUAUCCGUUUAAACAUGUGGUCAUAAUAUACUGUGCAUGUACCAUGAUAUUUGUACUGUAGGUUUCUUUAUAUUUGUACGUCUCUGUUUCAGAUAUUCAUUUUCCUGUCCUGUUUUUACAUACAAAUAUUAAACCACUGGUGUUGGUAUUACAAUA